GUGAGUUCUUGUUGUACUUGUCAUUAUGCUUAUUGGGCUUUGUGGAGGAAUCUGCGCUGGGAAGUCGUCGAUAGCUUCGUACCUCAUCGAGGAGCAUGGCUUCAAGCGUCUCCGUCUAGCUCGCAUUGCUGCCACACCCGCUGUCGAGAAAUCAGCGUCUGAUGCCCAUGUACCCUCACCAUUGGCCUCCUCCUUUUACGAACACACCUUCGCCAAUGUCGAUGCUUUGCUUGAAUUCGUCACCUUGAGAUGGAGAGAGCGAUGGGUAACAACGGACAUCUGGGAUGACAAGGUGGUUGAUGCACUCCUUCGACGACCGUUCUUCCUUUUCGUCAGCGUCGAUGCACCUGUUAGCGUGCGAUGGCAGCGCUUCAAGGACCGUUGUGCCGUCAACAAGCUCACACCGCCUACACUGGAAGACUUCGUCCUGCGCAAUGAUGCCCACCUGUUCGCGCAACGCACCGGUCUCAGCGCUCUCUUCCAGCGAGCACAACUCAAGUUGCUGAACUCUACUGCAUCCAUUGCCUCGUUACGAGAUGCCGUUCGUUCACUGAACCUCACGGACGAGGCACGAUUGCGGCCUAGCUGGGAUCAGUAUUUCAUGCAACUCGCGGACCUUGCAGCCCUGCGAAGUAACUGCAUGAAGCGGCGAGUGGGCUGCGUUAUUGUCAGGGAGAAGAGAGUCAUCAGCACUGGGUACAACGGCACGCCAAGGGGCAUGACGAACUGCAACGAGGGUGGCUGUCCCCGAUGCAACAAUGCAGCCAAAGGUGGCGUAGGCCUAUCCACAUGCUUGUGCCUCCACGCCGAGGAAAACGCUCUCCUCGAAGCCGGACGAGAUCGCAUUGGCGAAACAGCUAUCCUAUACUGCAACACCUGCCCAUGCUUGACGUGCAGUGUCAAGAUUACGCAAGUCGGUAUCAGCGAAGUCGUGUACAACCAAGGCUACCUUGUGGAUGACCAGACGGCUCGGAUCUUUGCUGAGAGCGGCGUGCGACUGCGACAAUUCUCUCCACCUGCAGACGGCCUUGUUGACCUUUCCCUCGACAUCACUCCUUUACAGCAGCACAACGGCCAGGCUGGUCAUCUCCAAGAGCAGGGCGAAGACAUCCGCGAAGUUCUGGACAGUGAGUACUUCGUGAGGCCGCUGUAAUGGCGAGAUUUGGCUCUAUUUCAAUGCCCACGCCUCAUUUUCAUCGACUGUGCGAGGCACGUUUUCAGCUUGCGUCC